AUGGAGACACCCCGUGAGCAUGAGAGCCCCGUAGGGGGCGACAGAACUCCAAAACGCCGACGACUUCCACGAUCAUCAUCACGACGUGCUCAAACUUCAACCCCAAAGCCGCAACAGCCAAGGGAGAUGGAAUUAUCACAGCCUCCAGAGCAACCACAAUCACCAUCUACCGCAUCUCUGCCUCGUCAAGAGACACGCGCAGAAGUCCUCGCACGACACAAGGCUUGGAGAGAAUGUGGCACAUCAGGAGAUUUGAAGCCUUGUGAUACCUGCCGAAAGUCGUUUCACGCGACAUGUCAGCAACAGAGUGUCGCCAUCAUUCGAGAGAGCUGGCACAUCGAGCCGCCGAUGGUCACGCCCCCAGUGUCACCUCCGUCUGGGGAUCACGAUACUCUUGACACGUCUCAACGGACUACGGAAUCGAGAAAUGAGGCAAAGGCAUCCUCGGCUAGAAAGUCUCGCUUCAAUACCUUGCCGAUAGAGGUCGACUCAGCGCUUUGGACUGUGUACCGAGAGCUUGAAAAUGGCACGAUUCUCCAAACAAAGGUUACAAAUUUAGAGCGAGAUGUCACUCGUCUACAUCAGGUGGUGCAAAUGCACAUGAACGAGACGCUUGCGGCGGGGGGUGUCAUCAGGAAAUUAAGGGCAGAGCUGGAGACGGUCCGUCGUGAAGCGGCAGACAGGCACGCAGAUUCUAAUGAGAAGCACAGACUUGAGGCCAGAAACAAGGAGCUGGAGCUGGAGGUCACGGAUACGAGGAGGCAAUUGGAGACGGCUAACAGGACUUUGUUAGAAUGGAAGCAACACUUGACGGCUCUGAUAGGGGACAGAGCUUCGAGUCUGAUCACGUCGGUAGAUAAGAACGGUAUUCUAAAAGACCAGGUCUACCGACGAGCAAACCCAGAAGCAAGCCAGGUCGGGUCAUCGCAGAGCAUGAGACCUGGAAAAGGGGGGGCGGAGAUCCCGGCAUCAGAUACAUCAAGUGAUACGUUUCUUUCCUUUGGCCCGACAUGA